UCAGUGAACCUUCCCCCCCAGCGCGUUCCCCAUGCCCACGGCCAGGGUUCGAUCAGGCCAUCAUUAAUGUCCUUCCAACCCAAACCUUGGAUUAUUCACUGAAACCCCCCCAAACCUGCUGGUUUUGUUGUUGUGAUAACUCCUGUCAGCGGCGCUUAUUUUGCAGCAUUACCCCAUUAUUUUCCCUCGUUAACGGCACGAGCUCUGAAUUACAAGUGAAGCCGGUGCUCUCACCGCAAACGCUCACUAAAAACUACCGGGUGACAAGAGAAACCACGGCAGGAAAUUUCUUCCGAAUAAUCAGAGCACCUUGGAAUAGAUGUGAGCACGAGGCACCGUGCUGGAUAAAGCUGCCUUGGAGCACCAUGGCUGCCGCCCCUUAUCUCAACUCGGACGCGCUGCGAGAGGUCCUGGAGUGCCCCAUCUGCAUGGAGUCCUUCACCGAGGAGCACCUGAGGCCCAAACUGCUGCACUGUGGCCACACCAUCUGCAAGCAGUGCCUGGAGAAGCUCCUGGCAAACAGCAUCAACGGGAUCCGCUGCCCCUUCUGCAGCAAGAUCACGCGGAUCACCAGCUUGGCUCAGCUCACCGACAACCUCACCGUGCUGAAGAUCAUCGACACGGCCGGCCUGGGGGAAGUGGUGGGACUCCUCAUGUGCAAGGUCUGCGGGAGGAGGCUGCCAAGACACUUUUGCAAGAGCUGUAGCUUGGUUUUGUGUGAGCCGUGCAAGGAGGCUUCCCACAUGCCCCCAGGACACAGAGUCAUGGCUAUCAAAGAGGCUGCUGAGGAGCGUAGGAGGGAAUUUGGAACGAGGCUUGCCAGGCUUCGGGAGCUCAUGGGUGAUCUGCAGAAAAGGAAAGCUGCUCUGGAGGAUGUUUCAAGAGACCUGCAAGCCAGAUACAAAGGGGUUCUGCAGGAGUACAGCAAAGAGGAGCGCAAGAUCCAGGAAGAACUGGCCAGGUCACGCAAGUUCUUCACCACCUCUUUGACUGAAGUGGAGAAGAUAAAUAACCAGGUGAUGGAAGAGCAGGCUUACCUGCUGAACUUAGCAGAAGUGCAGAUAAUGUCUCGCUGUGACUAUUUCCUUGCCAAAAUAAAGCAGGGGGAUAUAGCUCUCCUGGAGGAGACGGGGGAUGAGGAAGAGCCAGAACUGACAAACAGUCUCCCAAGGGAGCUGACUCUCCAAGAGGUGGAACUCCUUAAGGUGAGCCAUGUGGGACCACUGCAGAUUGGGCAGGUGGUGAAGAAACCGCGCACCGUUAACGUGGAGGAAUCCCUCAUGGAAAAUGCAGCGUCCUCCUUUGUACCAUUUAGGGAGCCUGAGCUGGUGCAGGAGGAGCCCAGCUGCACCCCACAUUCCUCGCCAGCCAAGCCGAGGAUGCCUGAAGCAGCCACCAGCAUCCAGCAGUGUUCCUUCAUCAAGAAGAUGGGCUCCAAGGGCAGCCUGCCAGGGAUGUUCAACCUCCCCGUGAGCCUGCACGUCACCAGCCAAGGCGAGGUGCUCGUGGCCGACCGGGGCAAUUUCCGAAUCCAGGUUUUUACCCGCAAGGGCUUCCUGAAGGAGAUCCGCCGGAGCCCCAGCGGCAUCGACAGCUUCGUGCUGAGUUUCCUUGGAGCAGAUUUACCCAACUUGACCCCUCUUUCUGUCACCAUGAACUGCCACGGGCUGAUCGGUGUGACAGACAGCUACGACAACUCUGUCAAGGUGUACACCAUGGACGGCCACUGCGUGGCAUGUCACCGCAGCCAGCUGAGCAAGCCCUGGGGCAUCGCCGCGCUGCCCUCGGGCCAGUUCGUGGUCACUGACGUGGAAGGGGGCAAGCUCUGGUGCUUCACCGUGGACCGUGGCGUGGGAGUGGUGAAGUACAGCUGCCUGUGCAGCGCCGUGCGCCCCAAGUUUGUCACCUGCGACGCUGAAGGGACCAUUUACUUCACUCAGGGGCUGGGGCUCAACCUGGAGAACCGGCAGUACGAGCACCACUUGGAAGGAGGCUUCUCCAUCGGCUCUGUUGGCCCAGACGGGCAGCUGGGACGCCAGAUCAGCCAUUUCUUCUCUGAGAAUGAGGAUUUCAGGUGCAUUGCUGGGAUGUGUGUUGAUUCCAGAGGAGACCUGAUCGUUGCUGACAGCAGUCGUAAGGAAAUCCUGCAUUUUCCUAAAGGAGGCGGCUACAACAUCCUGAUCCGGGAGGGACUCACCUGCCCGGUGGGUAUUGCUGUUACUCCCAAAGGGCAGCUGCUGGUGCUGGACUGUUGGGAUCACUGCAUUAAGAUCUACAGUUACCACCUGAGAAGAUAUUCCACCCCUUAAAGGCUUGGUUGCAAGCAAAGCCUGUCUUGGCAGUGGAGAUUUUUGCAGCCUCCUUGCAAUCCAACGGGAACCAGUGUCAAGCCUUCAGGAAGAUUGUGCCAUAGCUGAAGGGGAUUUGGCAUAGAGGUCAUCAUGUUCUGUGUUUAGAAACAAAAUAGCUUUUGUGGUGGUGGUGGUGGUCUGCUUUUUCUUCUUCUUUUUUAUAUAAAAUCCCUACAAAUAAGGACAAGCGCGAUGGAAAGGAUCCAUCCUUUGCAGUCUUGGUUCUUGUGACUAGUCACUCCAUAAACCUCUUCACCUCCUUAUGUCACACAUCUCCUACACUUCCAGCUUCAACCAUUGUGUCUUUCUUUGUGCCAUAAACACUGACUGACUGCUCUGAAUCACCUUCCCUUAGAGAACUAGCAGAGGCAAUCCUGUGGCACUUGCAAGGAACUGGGUAGCAGUUGUCUGGGCAACUCCUAGAGAGAGCAAUUUGUGCUUGCAGCACUGCAUAAAACGAAAUGGCCACUUCAGCUGCACGGAGAUGAAGCUUUGCUUCCACCCUGACGAGGCAGGGUUGUCUCUCCCAUUUUUCUGGUGUUCAGGAGAUUGCCCCGUCGUGCCAUUUGUGAAUUGUGUCUGUUCUGUGUGAAGUGAGUACUGUGCAAUCGUGGGAGACCGAGCUGAGCCAGAAAAUUGCCCUCUUUUUUCCUGAGUUGUAAGAAGACAGGGGUUUUAUUGCUAAUCAGAGUUCUGCUAGAUAGAAGGGGGUAAAAAGGGAGGGGGCUGGAGAAAAAAAAAAA